AUGAUUGGUGCCUAUCAGUUUAUAUACGAAUAUUACUUUUCACAAGCUGAUAGUAAUGAUCAUGGUAUUACGAGUUCAAUAGAAGCAAGUAACUUCUUACAACGUUCAAAUUUAAAAUCGGAUGUAUUAAAGGAUAUUUGGGGCCUGGCAGAUCCAAAUGGAAAAGGGUAUCUCGAUCGACAUGCAUUUUAUAUCGCAUUGAAAUUUGUUGCAUUAGCACAAAAUAAUUUACAAUUGAAUUAUGAUAAUCUUUAUCAAGAAUUACCACCACCAAAUCUUGGCGAAAUUCCUCAAUCGGUUCACAUGUUAGUCGAUGAUUCUUGGCAUAUUAAUGCCACAGCACGAUGUACAUUUGAUCGUGCAUUCGAUAAACUGUGUGGUAUUAACAAUAAAUUACCUGGAUCUCAAGUUAAGACAAUUUUAUUGAAAUCAGGGUUGUCUGCUGAUUUACUGCAUCGAAUAUGGGAUCUGAGUGAUUAUGAUCAAGAUGGUGCGCUAGAUCGUGAAGAAUUUGCCAUCGCAAUGUUUCUUAUACAUCGCAUCAAACAAGAAUUAACCAAAGAGCUACCCGAUAAAUUACCAUUAAAUUUAUUGCCGAUUAAAGUUCGACGAAUCUCAGGAGAUAUUAGCGGCGUACUUCCAUCAACCGUUACAACAAUAUCACCUAAAAAACAUGAAGAUAGUUGGAUUGUUAGUCCGGAAGAAAAACAACGUUUCGAUGUACUUUUUCAAUCACUUGACACUGACAAAGAUGGUUUUAUUAUUGGCACAGAUGUUUUUCAAACAUUUUUGGCUAGUGGUUUACCCAAUUUUGUGUUGUCGCAUAUUUGGAAUAUUUGUGAUAUUGGACAAACAGGUAAACUGAAUUCUGAACAAUUUGCAUUAGCAGCUUAUUUGAUUAAUCAAAAACUACAAGGUAAUUAUAAUAUACCGAUGGAGCUAACAAUGGAAAUGAUGCCGCCUAGUUUACGACCGAAAACAUUUCAUAUAAAUGAGAGUGAUAAUCAAGAAUUGCAACAAUUAUUAAAUGAAGUUAGUCAACUAACCGGUGAAAAAUCUUUACAUGAAAUACAAUUGAAUGAACGAGAUCAGUUAAUUAAGCAAAAACGUUCCGAAUUAGCAUCGUUAGAAUUACACGUUGAAACUGUGGUUAAAACAUUAAACGAACGUGAACAACGACAAACAGAGAAACAAAAUGAUCUAUAUGACAUUGAGGAAAAAAAGCGUAAAGCCGUUCAACAUAUAAAUGACUUGAAACAACAAAUAUCCACAGAAGAACAGUCAAUUCAACAAAUUCAAGAAAAAUUACAUGUAUUAGCCGUGGAUUAUGAUGUUCAGCAACAAAAUGAUGUACGAAUUAAAAAUAGUGUAGAUCAAUUAAAACUGGAGAAAAACAGUUUUGAAACAAAACUGAUGACAAAACAACAGACAUUAUCACAAAUGACGCAUGAUUUAGAAAAAUUUCGAUACAUUACAGAAAAUCAAAAAAAAUUACUGGAUGAUUACAUGGGCAGUAAUGAUCAACAAGAAAUUUCAGAAUUAAUAAUCAAAUUCAAACAGAUAACAGAUUUAUCCAAUAAUUUACCCUCUGUUUCUGUUCCUCCUCCUUCUCAACGAACUAUACCAUUAUCAACAUCAAGUGGUAAAAUAUCGGCAUCGAACAGUAUGACGGGCGAGUUCACUAACCAGGCCAAUUUUGUAGCAAAUUUUCCUGUUCAAUCUACACAAAUGUCAUCAUCAAAUUCACAUCCACAAGGCUUUUCAGUCGAUCCAUUUGGUUUACCUGCCACAUCAGUGGGAUCAACCGUAACAAACGCUCAUUUUGGGGAUGGAGAUCCGUUUGCUUCAUCCACAACAACUGAUCCGUUCGGCUUUCCAACAUCAUCUGCUGGAGGCGCUGAAGUUGGAGGAGAAACUCAUAUCGAUAACAGCGAUCCGUUUCAACAGAAUGUUUCCAGUAAAUUCGCUGCCACACACGAUCUAAUAAAAAAAUCAAUGGCAAACCGUUCAAAAACACCUAAUCCAAAUAUGUUCAGUUUAAAUUCAUCAGUGAAAGUUGAACAACCUCAACGUCCUCAGUCAGCCAUGGAUUCGGUAUUCAAGACGGCUCCAAAUCAGUCUCAAGCAUUUAACGAUUUACUUGAUAUAUUUUCAUAG